CUCAAUCAAAGAGUCUUUCAUCGUGCUUAUAUGUUCGGUGGUUGAUGCAGACUGAAAGCUGUGUUGGUACCUGAGAAUUGCUUCCACCAGGAACAGCUCUUCGGCCCCUCAAACAACUCCGUUCGGACAUGGUGGGGCAGACAGCUUUUUCCAAUGUUUGAGAACCCGAAACCAAAGUGUCUCAAUGUGAGGUAUAUAGAUGUAGAGCUUCUCGCUGCAAAAAUUGAUAUUUCCAGUGUUCCAUCAAUCUUCUCACCACCAACAAUCAUCAUGACCAACUACCCAACACACGAGGGUAUGUGAAAAUCGCGAUCCUUUGCAGAUACACGCUCCAUGAGGGACAAAGCUUCAUUUCCUGGGCCUGCGACCCGAGCAAGCGGUCUUUUGACUUGGUUAGAAAUGCUAAUCAUCUGUAGAAAUGCUUGGCUGCAUGGCCGCCUGCUUCAACUGGGCAGACAGCUACGACACCAAAGUGAGCACGCGCAAAGAUUUGGCGAAUUAGGGACUGAAGAGGCUGACAAUCAUAUGCAGGACUGGAAGAGACUCGAGACUGUCAUCGCACCUGAGCUCAUCAUCGACUACCGUUCAUUCCUCGACAAGAUCUGGGAAGCCAUGCCUGCUGACGAGUUCGUCAAGAUGGCUUCUGACCCCAACGUCCUCGGCGACCCUCUUCUCAAGACCCAGCACUUUAUUGGUGGAACAAGAUGGGAAAAGAUCUCGGACACCGAGAUCAUUGGCUGGCACCAGCUCCGUGUGCCUCAUCAGAAGUACACCGACGAAUCGAGGUCGACAGUGGCCGUCAAGGGUCACGCCCACAGCACCAACAAGCACUGGUACAAAAAAGUUGAUGGCGAGUGGAAGUUUGCUGGACUGAGUCCUGAUAUCCGUUGGUUUGAGUACGACUUUGACAAGGUCUUUGCCAGCGGCAGAGAUUCUUUCGGAGAGGCCAAGCAAGCUGCUGGCAUCCCUGAGAAGGCAUAACUUGGCGUUGGAUGAUGACCCUUUCGAGAAAAUACACCUCAUGCAUGCGGUCUGGCUGGGCCAGAGUCAAGUUUCGAAUUAGCGUACGAUUGAAUGAAUACAAGUUUUUCCUGUCCAUGCUUGAAGCUCCUGAGCUGAGAUGUCGUUGCUGCCGUCGACAUGUGGAGCGACCCGUGCUCGCAAGCUGCUUUCCGGAUAGAGCUGGACUUGUUUCUCCCUCCUGAGUGCGCAAUCGUGGCUAAAACUUGGCGCAAUAUAGAGACUGGAAUGAUGGCAAGAUUGAUGAAGCCGAACGCCGGUGGCCCCUAUCUUUGACCA